AUGAAGCAAUCUAUUUUCGCCCCUCUUGUCGCUCUUGCGGCUACCUCUGUCACUGUGUCAGCUCAUGAGAGCUUGAUCGGCGUCCCAGUCAACCUUUGUGCUGCUAUCCUGGGUGAGGCCGAGUGCAAGACCUCUGCUAUCGCUGAUGGCUUGAUCAGUGUGCCUGUUAAUGCCUGUGUCGCUGUCCUGGGAUCCGCUAAAUGCAGCCAGCUUGCUGUUCGCAGCAGCUCGCUCAUCAGCGUCCCAGUCAAUCUUUGUGCUGCUAUUCUGGGAGAGGCAGAGUGCAAGUCCACUACUUCCACUGAUGGCUUGAUCAGUGUGCCUGUUGAUGCCUGUGUCGCUGUUCUUGGAUCCGCCAAGUGUGACCAGGUCGCCUCUUCCGGCAGUGGCAGCAGCAGCGGCAGUGGCAGCGGCAGCGGCUCGCUCAUCAACGUUCCCGUCAAUCUUUGUGCUGCUAUCCUCGGAGAUGUUGAGUGCAAGACCAAGACCUCGUCUGGUGGCUUGAUCAGUGUGCCCGUCGAUGCCUGCGUCGCUGUUCUUGGAUCCGCCAAGUGUGACCAGGUCUCCUCUUCCGGCAGUGGCAGCAGCAGUGGCAGCGGCAGCGGCAGCGGCAGCGGCUCGCUCAUCAACGUUCCCGUUGGUCUCUGUGCCGCCAUUCUCGGAGACGUUGAGUGCAAGACCAAGACCUCGUCCGGUGGCUUGAUUAGUGUGCCUGUGAAUACCUGUGUCGCUGCCCUUGGAACUGCCAAGUGUGACCAGGCCUCCUCUUCCUCUUCCUCUUCCGGCAGCGGCUCGCUGAUCAGCGUUCCUAUUAACAUCUGCCUUGCUGUCCUCGGUGAGGUCGAGUGCAACCAGUCCUCCUCCAGCGGCUCCGGCAGCCUGAUUGACAUCCCCAUCAACCUCUGCCUUGCUGUCCUCGGAGAGGCCGACUGCAACAGCAACACCGCUACCACCUCCGCUGGAUCUUCCAUUCCCACCUCCCCCUCCGGCUCCGGCUCUGAGACGACUACCAGCACCAUCGGUGGCUCUGCUCCCUCCGGCACCGGCAUCUGGACCGCACCCGCUCCUCCCUCCAUCGCCUCCUCUGCCACCUCUGCCACCUCUGCCACAUCGAUGCCCGUUAUCCCUACAGCUCCUGGCUCCGGCUCCGGCCCCUCUGGUGUCGCCCCCAUUGGCUCCUCUCCCUCCGGAACUGCUGUUACCUCCACCUACGUCCAGACCACAACCAUCUGCCCCGUCACCGCUGGCAGCUCCGGCUACCCUGCUGGUCCCGGUCCCCAGGGCCCACACGGCAGCUCUACUAUGCGUCGUGUGAUCCCCACUGCCUCCGCCGGUGUCUCGUCUACCGGCCCCUGGAGCACUGCUGCCCCUUCUAGCACCCCUGCCUACAACGCUGCCGGUCGUGCCACCUUCUCUGGCAUCGCUGCUAUCCUCGGAGCUAUUGCCGUCGCUGCUCUGCAGCUGUAA